AUGGUGGGUGGGAGUGACGCUCCUGAAGGAAGGUUCCCGUACAUGGUAACUCUGAGGACCCACAAAGAUGAGCACUUUUGCGGUGGUAUUCUCAUCCACCCGAGCAUGGUCUUGACAGCAGCUCAUUGCGUCGACGAGUAUUCGGGGGUGGCGAGGAGAAAUCGCUCGGCACACAUUGGAGCACAUGGCAUUGAUGAUAACGAGGAUCAUGGUGUCAAAACAGUGAGGAUCGACAAGACGACGAUUCAUCCCAACUACACUGCAGGACACUGGGAAAGCGGCUACGACAUAGCUCUGCUGCGUUUGAAGGAAGCAGUCAUGGGGAUUGACAUACCUGGGCUGGCGGAUCCUCACCUAAUCUUGCACUGCGAGAUGAUGCUAUUCACCCUAGGGUGGGGUUACCCCAACUCGUCGUUCUGGUCCUUAUCCGACAAGCUACAAAUGAGCACCCACGGGCAGGUUCUUGGGAGCCGAGCACGCUGCGCCAUAAAUGAAGACCUUCAGCUGUGCAUGAAAGCCCAAAGGCCUCACCAUGAAAAUACAUGUGAAGGUGACAGUGGUGGUCCAGCAUUAAUACCAGAUAUGCCAGGACGCGAUUUCGUGAUUGGAAGUCCAAGGAAGGACCUCAUUGUGGCAGUUACUUCGUACGGCCCGGAUUGCAGCCAUCCCAACAGCAUUGGGAUCUACACGAGGUUGAGUGCGAUGAGAAACUGGAUAGACGGAAUUAUGGAGGUGGAUUUCGGCCAGUCUUCGGCAGAUACAUCGAGUACCAUGCCUGAUAGGAUCCCAGGUCCUGGUUCCCGCCAAGGAGCCUGUCUGUUCUGCUGGGUCUCUUUUCGAUGGCAUCAAAGUGUCGUUCAAGGGAUGAUGAUUUUUCUCAAUUUAACAUGGGAGAAAGUGAAAGACAGCAAGACAAAUCAGGAGACUUUGUUCAAAGUCUUCACCAAAGAAACAGCAAGUAGAGCUGGAAUUGGAGAAGAUCGGAUUGUCAUCAUGGCCAUCAAGAGUGUCGAAGGCAAAGUAGGGUUGGAAUACAAAGUUGUUUUCCCAAAACCCAUCUGGCCGUUGGAGAAUUCUCCCACAGGCAGCCGCGACGCCGACAGAUUCUUGGUGGCAAGCAGCCGAAAGCAUUUUGGCGACGGUUACCUCAAGGAAUACGACCUUGACGAAAAUAGCCGGAUGCGGAUGCAGUGGUUCCAGGACGUCGAUGCUAAAGAUGCAUUCGGAAAUCUCCCUGUGCACCGCUCCAAUCCAGAUUCGCAAGUUUGGUCUUCAUUUUCGCCAUGGCGAGCGUUUGUUUUUGUGGGAGUGCUGCUAGCGGUAGCCAGGGUGGGAUAUUUCUGUGCAAUGGCCUUGCCCACCUGGUGGCCUGUGCUCAAAUCGCCCAUUUGUUUGAUGGAGCGCAGACCCGAGUUAGAGUCAGUGGCGCUCCCCAAGAAGCUGAUGUCCGCUGUGCAGUCAGAUGACCUGGAUGCAGCUGGAAAUUUCUGUGCUUUGUUCAAAUUGGAUGAUUUCAGAGAUAAGCAAGGCGGAACCCCACUUCACUACGCGAGAUCAAGGGCAAUGGUUGAGAAUCUGAUACAAGCUGGGACCAAUGUGGACGCCGAGGAUCAGAGAAAAUGGACACCUCUUCACCAUGCGUGCAGCAGAAGUAAAGGGGGCCAGGAUGUGGUGGCUGCUCUGCUCAAGGCAGGAGCAUCAAUUGAAGCUCAAACAUUUGAGGGGUACACAGCCCUCCACAUCGCGGCCUACUAUGGCAACGUGGAUGUAGCCUGCGAGCUCCUCAACAAGAAGGCCGAUGUGAAUGCCGUAAACAGGAUUGGGUACACUCCCCUUCACGAAGCGGCACAAGGGGGGCAUGCGGCUGUCAUUCAUUUGCUUCUCAUGACAAGAGCAAAGAUGAUUUUUGCAAAGGGGGGUUUGCACCAUACAGGGGGCAAGCCCAUUGAUGUGGCAAUGGAGUUCAAUCACCACGAGGUGGUCAAGAUAUUGGACGCCACGGAAACGUUGUUUGCGCAUCAGAAUUGA